UUGGCCAGCCGAGUCUGGCCAAGCUCCAGCAGCUGUUGGCUAGUGCAGUAACUAUUUUGUGGUCAACAAGAUGAGAUUACAGCUCAUCUGCUGUGUGGCACUGGCAAUUCUACGCUUGUGCUCUGCGCAUGAGGCAGCCUUGCAGCCUGCGGUCCAUGUCAAACUGGGACCAGGCAGCUUUUUUCAGUGGCUUGCCUCGAUAUUGUUGCCAGCUCCAGUCACACCAGAGACCACUUCAGCUACCAUAGCCACAACAGCCAGCCACGUGCAGGGAACCACAACAGAGCCAUCAUCCAGCAUUCCAACUGAGCGGGAAUGCAGCAGCUGCCGCUGCGGAUUGAUCAACACGGAGCGUAAGAUAGUCGGCGGCCAGGAGACUCGCCGUCAUCAGUAUCCCUGGAUGGCUGUUUUGCUGUUGUUUGGACACUUCCACUGCGCCGGAUCACUGAUCAACGAUUUGUACGUGCUAACAGCUGGGCAUUGUGUGGAGGGUUUGCCGCCCGAGCUGAUCACCGUGCGGCUACUGGAGCACAAUCGUAGUGAUAGCGAUGCCCUGGUGCUGCAACGGCGCGCCGUGCGUGUGAAGGUGCACGAGCUGUAUAAUCCUCGGAGUCUCGAAAAUGACAUUGCCCUCAUAAGACUUGAUCAGCCGGUGAGCCUUGAGGCACCCAUGCGACCUGUUUGCUUGCCAGUGUACAGCUCCAGCUUCGAGGGGGAGCUGGGCAAGGUAACAGGCUGGGGUGCACUGCGAGAGGGAGGAUUUGCAGCGCAAGUCUUACAGGAAGUCGAUGUGCUCAUUCUUAGCCAAUCCGAAUGCCGCAGCUCCAGCUACACUCCUGCCAUGAUCACCGACAAUAUGCUCUGUGCUGGAUACUUGGGCGUGGGCUCCAAGGAUGCCUGCAGCGGGGACAGCGGCGGGCCGCUUCAUGUGCUCCUCGACGAGCAGCCGGGACAGUAUCAGCUGGCUGGCAUUGUCUCCUGGGGCGCUGGCUGUGCUCGACCCGACUCGCCCGGAGUUUACACACGGGUGAAUCAAUAUCUGCGUUGGAUUGAAGCCAACACCCCUUCGGCCUGCGCCUGCAUGGAGUACCCUGAGGAAGAUUACUAGCCCAACUAAUUGCACUUUACAGCCACGUUCUGGCCAAGGCUGCAGCUCAUCUGUCAAACUUUGACUACAACAGCGGCCAGUCCCCGGGGCAGGCCAAACUUUUGGCGUUGCAUUUGAAAAUAUGUAUUAGUAAAUUUUGCAUAAACUACUUUGGCUCACUUUGUGUGCCAUUCAUCUCCCAGCAGAGAGCACUCGCAGUCACACUCGCACAUAAGAUAUCCAUAACCGUAUCCGUAUCCGUAGCCGUAGCCGUAACCGCUUCCAUUGGCAAAUAAAAAAGCAAUUUGAAAGUGGGUUAGCUAGCUUUCCCUUUCUAGUUGCCUUUUCAGCCCAUUUCCAUUACUCUCCGCAACUUUGCUUGGAUAACGGGGCCAGGGACAUGCCGCAGGACCUGGUCCUGGACGUGGCCAUAGUUGUCUCCCUCAUUCUCAUAGAAAUAAAUCCCAAUUUGGUGCAUAUCAACUGCCGCCGCAUGCGAAAUAUUUUGUGCAAUUGAGUUUGUUAUGCAUUUUGCAUUUGCGCAAUCAUAAAAACUAUAACAAACAAAAAAAAAAACAGUAACAAGCCACAAGGACACGCACACGAAUGCGACCACUCGCAGGAGCAAGUUUUUCACUCUAGAUAAAUUGCUCGAAAUAUUUGUGGCAAGUGAGUUUUUAGUUGCAACGCCAUGCGAUAAGCAUAACUUUCCUUUAUUGCCAACAAAUUAUUUACUUUGUAUGAAGAAUGAAUAUUCCCAGCGAGUUUUGAUUGGCUCUAAUGGAGAGCUAUGCUUAAUGCUGAAACAUAUAAUUUGAAUUAAAAUAAAACUAUAAAGUUUAAAAUGAAAUACUUACAAUUUUACACGUAGCUAAUCAGCAGAAAUAAAAUAUAGCCUGUUACAGUAAA